AUGGGUCAAUGUCUAUCUGGACAGCAAUCCCGUCAAAAUUUAGAUCAAAGGGAUGGGUCUUCAUCGAGAUUAAUCCUGAAGUUACCGAAGUUAUACAGUCCGAGUCCAUUACUAACCAGAGAAGAAGUGGAAACCUCGAGAAAUGAAUUUUGGGAAACUUGUUGGGCUUAUGGAGGUUCCAGGGAAAUUUGGGAAGCGCUACAUAAGAUUAUUAGCUUGCUGUACGAAGGGAAUGCGGAGGCAGCAACGGAGUUGGCUUCUGCAGCCGAAUUGACGAUACCUGAAAACGAUAUUGGAAAAGGAGCUUAUGAUUCGAAAGGAACCUUUUAUGAAAUACCAAAAAUCGUUGCAAGGAUUCCACGAGCUUUUGCGGAGAAGGAAGAAUCUGAUGACGAACAAGCAAACCCGUCUGGUAGUCUCGAGGAUGGAAAAUUUCCUGAGGAAAAGGGUACGGGUACACAAGUUACCUCUGUAAGUAGUCUGGAUGAUGGUGAAAAGUCAGAGCCUUUAGAACCGGUCAUAAUUCGCUAUUGCAUGGACGAGAGGGACUACACAAUCCAACUCAAUUCGAAUGCUCCUUUACUCCAAGCAAAACCUGCACUUGCUGAGGCUGGCUUAGAUACUGUUCAAAGAUUGUUUUUUCUCGGUCGCAUCUUACAAUGGAAAAAAGCUCUCCGUCAACAGGGUUGGUCUCCAGGUAUGGUUAUUCAAGCCAUGUGA